AUGGUGAUACGCCGCCUUAUUUCUGGCAGCUGUGGUGGGCCUCGGGGGCAGAAGAUGUCUAGUUCUGGUUCUGCCGGCAGACACGCCUCUCCACCUGGCCAGCUCUGGUUUCCUCUUUUGCACCCCGGGGAUGGUCUUGUCUGCCUUAGUGCGAACCGGAGACGCAGCUUGCCAGUGGUGUCAUCCUCCGAAACCAAAAGCCCCCGCCCCCACACCGCCCCAGCCGCCGGCCGCAGGCAGUGGAAUUCUUCUGGGAAGGCGGCUGACGUCGCUGGCGGCCACUGCCCCAGCCCUGGCAGCGCUGAUGCAAGCACGGCCCUGCGCCUGCAGGCAGGCAGCCCCCUGGGAGAGCUGGCGCAGCGCUCCGUCUUGUUCUCUUCCGGCCACCCCGCCCGGUUUUCCCUGCGAGGAGUCAACAGCUCCUGGGUGGUUCCUCACCGAAAGUGUGCAGUAGAGUUUUCCAAAGACCGUAAGACCGGCGGUGCAGCAACGGACUGCAGAAGCAGAAGGGAAGGAAGAGGACUGACGUACAACUUGUGCCGGUUGGGUUAUAUCGCCAGAGAAGGGAUUACAACUCAGAUGCUUCCAGAGGCCAGACUUUUGAGUCACACAAACCCAGGGUUCUGGUGGAUUCUGGUGAAGAGUAACCGUCUCGCCUGGCAGAAGGGGCAGCUUGCUGCUGCCACGUUUGAUCAGGGAGCACCCCCCCUGCCAUGUUGUCAUGUCCUCCCUAGGUUUUUGAAAGAAGCCGGAAACCAGGGUUUUAGGCGAAAUGCGUCCAUUUUUUUAAUAUCGGGGAAAGAAAUAAAAUUGAAUACACCAUUGAACAGGUUUUUGUGCUGAGCCAAACAGAGCAAAUCCUCCAAACUCUGAGGCAAAUGAAGUGGGGAGCCAGGUUUGGUGGGUCUUUCUUCGGCUGAGCGUUGACGUUCAAGGCAGAUGAUAUCUGAGGGGAGUGUGUGUGUGUGUGUGUGUGCGUGUGUGUGUGUGUGUGUGAUGGUAAAGUGUCUUGCCUAAUCAGAUGGGGAGAUUUCAGUAUUUCUGUGGGAAAGGAGCAGCUCAGAGGGAGGGCAGUCUUGGGGAACAGAGGAGCAGCAAGUGUGAGGAAGAAGGGGGUGGGGGAGAUGGUGAGCAUGCAGGGACAGGGGCGGGUGUGGUGGUGGGGACGUAUGUACCUCUGUUAGGUGAAGGAGUUUUUGAGGGGGUUGGUAUGAGGACGAAGGAAAGGAAGCUGUGUUCCACCUGCUGUUGGAGCUGAGCAGAUAGAGGUUAUGAGCCGCCUGAGGUGAGAUGCAACUGAGAUAAAAUAGUAGGAACAGGAUUCAGCCUGACGGCUGAGAGAACACGGCGUUCCAGGAACUACCAGAAAAAGUUGGGCUUGCUUUCGGGAAUGGAUAGGGGCCUUCAGUCACUUUUAUGUCUAAGGAGCAGGCAAGACCCAGCAGGUAGCCUCUGUAGGGUGGUGAACUAAGGGAUGGACCCUUCAAGCCACUGUUUGUCUCAUCUGUAAUUUGGGUAAAGUCAUUUAACUUCUCUGGGUUUCGGCUUCCCUUUAAAAUGAGUAAUAAUAACAUCCGUGUCACCUCCCAAUAAGGUUCCUGUAGGAGCAGCUAAGAUACUAUAUGAGAAAUGUUUGGUAGAAAAAGAGAACUAGGUCACAUGGGUGGCUCAGUCGGUAAGCAUCUGCCUUAGGCUCAGGGCAUGAUCCCAGGGUCCUAAGAUCGAGUCCCGCAUCCGGCUC